ACCUGCAUCUUCUUCAUCACCCAGAGAGAGAGAGAGAGAGGGAGACGAUGGCAAAUGGAGGAAACCCCAUCAACAUGAUGAUGUCUUCGGCCAUGGAAAGAACCGAUCAGUGGGUUUUCUCUCAGGACAUUCCCACUGAUGUCGUCGUUGAAGUCUGCGAAGCCAACUUCUCGCUUCACAAGUUCAUGUUGGUGGCGAAGAGCAACUACAUCAGAAAGCUGAUAAUGGAAUCUAAAGACACAGAUCUCACAAGAAUCGAUCUUUCCGACAUCCCGGGAGGUCCUGAGAUGUUCGAGAAAGCUGCCAAGUUCUGCUAUGGCGUCAACUUCGAGAUCACCGUCCAGAACGUGGCGGCUCUCCACUGCGCCGCCGAGUUUCUGCAGAUGACCGACAAAUACUGCGACAGUAACCUCGCGGGAAGAACCCAAGAUUUCCUUUCUCAGGUGGCUCUCUCCAGCCUCUCCGGCGCCGUUGUCGUCCUCAAGUCCUGCGAGCUUCUUCUUCCCAUGGCUCAAGAUCUUGGCAUCGUCAAGCGCUGCUUCGACGUCAUCAGCUCCAAGGCUUGCAACGAGGCUACGUUUCCGUGCCGAUCACCGCCAAACUGGUGGACCGAGGAGCUCUGCAUCUUGGACAUCGAUUUCUUCGCCGAGAUCUUAGCCGGGAUGAAGCAAAGAGGCGCUAAAGCUUCGACCUUGGCCUCUGCCCUCAUCACCUACACCGAACGAUCUCUGAGAGAACUUGUCCGAGACCACACGGGCCGUGGAAUCAGAUCCUCCGACCUCGACGACUCCGAAACCAGGACCCAACAGAGAGAUCUGGUCGAAGCAAUAGUGUCUCUCUUACCUUCCGAAAAGAGCGUUUUCCCGAUCAAUUUCCUCUGCUGCCUCCUCCGCUGCUCCAUCUUCCUCAACGCCUCGUCUUCUUGCAAGAACGAGCUCGAGAAACGCAUCUCUUCAGUCCUAGAGCACGUGACUGUUGACGAUCUCCUCGUACCGUCCUUCACUUACGACGGGGAACGUCUUCUUGAUCUGGACAGCGUGAGGAGGAUAAUCUCUGGGUUUGUUGAGAAGGAGAAGAGCGUGGGAGUCUUCAAUGGCGGAGAUUUCAGAGGGGUUUGCUCUGCUUCUCUUCGGACAGUGGCAAAGACAGUGGACGCAUACUUGGCAGAGAUAGCAACGUACGGCGAACUAAGCAUCUCCAAGUUCAACGGGAUCGCGAAUCUCGUCCCGAAAUCCGCGAGAAAAGUGGACGACGACCUCUACCGGGCGGUCGACAUAUUCCUGAAAUCUCACCCGAAUCUCGACGAGAUCGAACGCGAAAAAGUCUGCAGUUCCAUCGACCCUUUGAAGCUUUCUUACGAAGCUCGCCUCCACGCGUCACAGAACAAGCGUUUACCUGUAAACAUCGUGCUUCACGCUCUCUACUACGACCAGCUCAAGCUGAGGAGUGGCGUCGAGGAAAGAGACGCGCCCGAGGGCUUAGCCAUUCGAGGGCAGUUGCAGACGGACGUAUCGUUGGCGAAGGAGAAUGAAGCGUUGAGGACGGAGCUGACGAAGAUGAAGAUGUAUAUUUCUGAUAUGCAGAAGAAUCAGGGAGGAGGAGUUGGAGCUUCUUCUUCGAGCAAGAAGAGCAAACACACGUUCUUCUCGUCGGUUUCCAAGACUCUUGGAAAGCUGAAUCCGUUCCGACAAGGAUCUAAAGAUACUUUGAACUUAGAUGAUGCCGGUGGAGUCGACAUUACCAAGCCCAGGAGAAGAAGGUUCUCCAUUUCUUGAACGGCUGACUAAGCCUCUAGUGCGUUCAGAGUCUUUGGACUAGUGUGCUCUUUUUUUCUUUUUAUUUUUAUGGACGCUGUAUGUUUGAAGUACUUCUGCCGUUAGUUGUAAUACCGACAAGGAAAUCUGUGCCUUGAUCCUUUUCUUUUUGUUUAUGUAACCGAGUGAUUAAGCUAAAUACUCUGUUUAUAUUCAUGUC